UCUUGUACAUACAAAGCCGGAAGUGGGCGAUUGUGAUCGACUUUUAACGGACUUGUCAGAGUUGACUUGUCAUUAUGAUUGUAACUGUAGACCUCCAAAAUGUCAGUUAGUCUUGCUGACAGCGGUCAGGAAUCCCCCGUGCUCCACGUUGUGGUGGUCGGAUUUCAUCACAAAAAGGGAUGUCAGGUGGAAUAUUCCUAUCCACCACUUGUGGAAGGAAAUGACGUCGGUAGUUCCGAGGUUCCUGGAGAAUGGAAGCACCUAGCCUCGCUAGCGAUUCCCGACGGAGCACAUAAUUACACGAAAGACACAAUUUACUUCCACCUUCCGUCUCGUGAUGGGACCUACAGGACAGUAUACGGGGUAGCCUGCUACAGACAGAUAGACUCAUCAGCUUUACUGAAGAAAUCCUCAGAUGUAACCAGGAGCACAGUCCAGAAAAGUGUCUGUGUGUUGAGUAGACUGCCUCUCUAUGGAUUAAUCCAGGCCAAGUUGGAGCUGAUUACACAUGCUUAUUUUGAAGAGCUGGAUUUCAGUAAAGUGGAGCUGCUGCAGGACACAUACAAAAAUCUCUGUUUGUCCAUGACAGAAAGUCUGAGGGAUGGAUCGCAGGUUUUCCUAGGAAUGUCUGUUCGAGAUGCUGUAACACAGUUCAGACACAAAAUAGUUUUGCUGUUCAAGCUCAUUCUGUUGGAGAGAAGGGUUCUCUUCAUUGGUGCCCCAGUGCAGACUCUGUGCAACACAAUUUUAGCAGUUCUCUCCCUUUUUCCAGGUAUGAUUGAAUUUGGAUUAGAAGAAUCAUCCAGUGUGGAGCUAAACCGGCAGUUGUCCCCCACACUGAGAAACACAGCUUGUUCUGACAGUAGUGAGGAAUUUUUGGAGGUCUGUUACCAUGACGAGAAGGUCAAAUACAACAAUGCACACAGUAAAGAAGAUCAGGAAGUGACACAAAAUUCCUGCAGUGAACCAGAGGAACUUGAAAUUCCAAGAGAUGGGAUGAACCGGAGCAAAUAUUCAGAGGAUACAAGUGCACAGGACAGAAUUAAGAAUGUUGAUACCGCUCAGGACUGUGACAAACAACCACGUGAUGAUGUUCAGCCUAAACCUGUAAGAAGUCUAUCAGAUACAGGGGGAGAUAACUCUGGUAAGAAAAGCAAAUUUGGUCGUUAUAAUGUAAAACGCACUCUCUCUGAAAGCUUUGCUCUGGAUUAUGAAAAUGUAGGAGAAACAAUGUCUACUUUUCAAAGUGACCACUCUAUUUCAUUUCCAAAUGAUCCUCUAGCCAAUGUGAAGGAUAUUACCAAACUGAGUGCAAUUCAGACAGGGACAACGUUGAAACAGACUGAUUCUGUGAUAAAUGUCGAAGAAGUGAAAGAUCGUUUAGAAGACUUGACUGAUGAAGAGGACGAAGUUUCAAAGUUUGAACUUUCUUUGAACUUAGAGGAUGCUCGGGAAGUUCUGAAAAGGAGUGAAGGUAUAGAAGAAUUAGACUCGCCAGAAAGCAUCCAGAAGAUUGAUCAAGAAGACUGUUUCUCAUGGGAAGAAGAUAGACUACUGUUGAGUUUUGAACACAAAGAAUCCAUACGGGAAGUAGAAUCAUCAGAACAGCAAAUACACCAAUCAGCUUCUAAUAAACAGUCAUGUGACACUCGGCAUUCUGGGACUGAUACAGAGUCACUAAGUACAAGAGAAAGUGACAAGACAAAUGUUGAUAAAGAAAGCUCAGAGUCUGUAGAGAAAGAGGAUAAUGCCAGUGAUAUCAAGAAAAGUCCGGGAACCAAGGCAGCUGUCAUAAAGAAUAAAAUUAGCUCAGCUUUCAGUGGUCUGAAGGCCAAGAGAGCCUCUGGAAGUCCGCUGUCUUCACCUACCAGUGACAGUUCACCCCCUGAGAUGCCUGCUGAUUUGAGGUCUUCCAAAUUUGUGCAGGAUGACUGUGGAUUUCCUCUUGCUGUUUUUACAAAAGGUUGUGUGUGUCACCCUUAUCUCUCUCUACAGUAUUUGGAUCUGAUGUCCGAUGUCAACGUUCGAAGUUUUGUCAUUGGAGCAACUAAUAUGCUAUUCAGACAAAAGCGCCAUCUGUCAGACAUCGUUAUUGAAGUAUCAGAAUUAGAGAUAGGUAAAAUUGAUAUUCAUGAUCGAGAGUUACAACGCCUACUUCAUCUGACCACGGCUGACCUCAGGUUUGCUGACAUCAUCAUUAAAGCUGUUGUAGGGGAUGAUACUGAUGACCCUUACUUGGAGGGGACAGAAUGGGAGGGGGGAGAUGAGUGGAUCCAGGCCCAGUUUAAAUCUUAUCUCCAGUCUCUGUUGGCAACUAUGGAGAAGAAUGAUUCUAAAUUCCUGGAGGAUUUUGGCACAGCUUUUUGUCAGGCAUUCAGAACUACCAACAACUACAGACAGUGGAGUGGUACAGAUCAUUCAGGGAUGAAGAAUGUCUUAGUGGGGCAUCCAUGUCAAGGUCACUUGGGGAUGUCGGAUAUCAAGAUGAGACUGGCACACAAUCUACAGAAUACAGAAAGGGGAAAGAAAAUUAAUGCAGCCAUGGUACAGACCGGGAGAUAUGUGGAGCAGGCAGGAAAGGCUGUGGGUGGCGCCAUUGUGAAUGCAAAGUCAGCCAUGUCUUCAUGGUUCAGUGGUUGGAGACAAUCCAAGGGAGAUAACCUACCCUCUCAAAGUGAAUUACACAAAUGAUUUAUUUUAUAUAAAUAGAUUAUCAACAUGUUACAAAAUAGAUGGAAUAUUAAAGGGUUAUAAAGUUGUUUGGAAAUAAAUUGAUAGGUUUUAGUUUAUGGUUUUGAUAAACCCUUGUUCAUUACAUCAAAGAAAGCAAGGGCAAUAACUCUACUCCAUAACUGCAUCUUUCACUAAUUAACAAAUUUCAUUUAGUAAUUGAAAAUUGCUGAUUUAAGUGUCAGUUUGUGAUUUUCUAGAUAAAUGCAUUUCCUUUUCAAAACCGUAUACCAGUGUGAUGGUAGCAUAUAAUUUCAGAUUUAACAUAACAAUCUCCUUCAUGUGGGGGGAUUUUCUAACAGCAUGUUGCACUCUACAAUAUCAAGCAUUUACUGUUGCCAUGAUCUCAUAAUGAUAUCUCAAUGAUAUCAAGUCUCUCACCAUCAAGCAUCUACUGAUGCCAUGUUGCACAUAUCUACAAUAUCUAGCAUCUACUGUUGCAAUGUUGUUUUCUACAACAUCAAGCAUCUAUGUUGCCAUGUUGCAUGUCUCUACAAUAUCUAGCAUCUACUGUUGCUAUGUUGCACGUCUCUACAAUAUCGAGCAUCUACUGUUGCCAUGUUGCGGGUCUCUACAAUAUCGAGCAUCUACUGUUGCCAUGUUGCCCUCUUCAACAUCAAGCAUUUUCUGUUGCCAUGUUCCUAGGUGUGCACAUGACUUGAUAAACCACACCUGGAUGCAAUAUGUAUAGCAUUUGGAGCUAUUUCUGGAAUGAAACAAUAGUUAACAAGUUUGAGUUCAAAUUAAGUUUAAAUGGGAACCAGUUCAAAUUAUCUAAGUCAUGUGUGUGUUUAGAAGAAAUGUACUUUUACAGACUCUUUAGAACUGUUCAGACUUGUAUGUCAUCUGUCUGUGAUAGCAGCAACAAUAUACAGACGUAGCCUUCAACAGUCACACCCAAGACAAUAGGUUGUAAGUUUACCUCAAGAUAAGUGCAUAUGGAAUAUAUAGAUUGGUUGAUAUCUACGAUAAUAAUUGCAGUUUGCAUUACUCACCGGACUGAUUUAAUCUUGAUGGGUAUAAGUAAGAUGUCUGGAUUAGAUGUAUAGAUGAUGUUCUCAGGUCCUGAAGUUUAGCACUUUCCAGUUUUGAGAAGUCAUAAAUGAAAAUAAAAGAAUUAAAAUUAUUCUGGCCAAAUGAUUCCUAAUUCGAAAUAUGACAUAAUAAAGUUGGUGGUUUCUUGGUUUUUCUUUGAAAAAUAUUUAAAAUAUCAACUUUAAAAGACUGCAGUUUUUCAAAUGAAAUGAAAACCUUUUACUUCAUGCAUAAUAACCAGAGUUGUUUUCAUAUAUUUUGUACAAAACCAAAAUAUUUUAUAGUGGUUGACACAUUAACCAAAAGUAUCUUUAUGUAUUGUCUACAUGGGUUUGUUUUGAUCCUAUAUCAACACAGCUAUUCUGAAACCAGAUAUCAAAAAUAGUUUUAAGCAAAUUGUGUGAAAUGGAUGUGCUUGUGGCAUCAUACAUAGUGAAUUCAUGAUUCAUUGCUUAUUUGUAUUUCUCGCAUAUUAAACAAAAUAUUGUACAUGUU